UAGAUCUGGCACUGUUUUACUCCAUUUCUCACAGGAUUGUGCACUUUGACCCAGAGGAUAUCCUGUGCCUUCUCAGCAGUUGGAGCGUGAGCGCACUAAAGCCAACACCAGACCAAAGAUCUUUACAGCUUGAUGCACUUUUAUCGAGAUAAACGGAGAUUUAAGCAUUCUACAAAGCAGAUAAAAGACAUACUGGAAUCAUUAACUUACAGGCUUCACAAUGAUGGAAGAAGUAAACGAAGUGAACUCUUCUCUGAGUGUCCAUGGUCAUAACAUCAAGGUUACAGAGGUGUUGAAAGACGGGGACACACUUACCUUCCUAGUUGUAUCUCAAAAGCUGUCUGGGACAGGGGAGUACCAUGUGGACCGGACCUAUGAUGAUUUUGAAUGGCUGCAGCAGCACCUGUUCUCUCAGGAGGAUGUGCCCGGGAUACAGGGAGUCAUAUUUCCUUCUCUUCCUGCAAAGCCUCAGGUGAAUGCAUCUGCCAAGGUUAUGAAACAGCUUGGUUUCCUUGGUUUAGGAGAGUGGCUGCCAUACUGUAAAGCACUGGAAAGCUUCCUCCGGCAGAUUGCUGCACACAGCAUACUCGGCAAAAAUAAAGCUGUGGAGAUCUUACUGACCAGCUCAGACCCUCCAGGCAGACAGAGAGUAAAGAAAAACAUUUUCAACCGGCUGAGUCAAGCUGUGGAAGAACGGAGGAAAGAAGGCCAUAAGGAUGUGGAUGAGUUCUUUCAAACUGAACGCGAUCGUAACCUUGUUCUAACCGGCUGUGCCAAGACUGCAGCUGAGAGAUUCCUAGAUGUGGUGCAAUCUGAGCAAAAAAUAGCAGUGGCCUGUGGGCACUUCUCAGCUUCUCUGCAUCUCUGUGUGGAACCAGGGGAGGAUCCUGACAAACAGGCUUUCUCUAAGGUUUGUGUGAAAUUAUCAGAAGUCUUUGAUUCUAUGAAGAAAAAUAUGACAAGUGUUGCUGAGAACAACAUGAACACUCUUGGGCUCGGCCUGGACAUGGAGUCACGCUGCCAGGAGGCAGAAAAGGAGAUGCUCUUCAGGAGAACCUGUAAACUAGUGGAGCUAGAGACCGCCAGAAGGAAUGCAGAGAAGGCCAAACCUUUAAAGAAGGCUGCUAUGGAGGAGGCGAAGAAAGAGGCGGAGACAGAGUUUGAUCACAUAUGUGGAGUGGCUAAACAGGAGGUUGCUCGGUUCAAGGCUGCACGCGUGGAGAUGCUGCAGCAGGCUCUGGUUCAGUGGUGCGAGAAGCAGCUUCUUACAGCCAAAGAAAGUGCUGACCAGUUUAACCAGCACCUGCAAGCCUUCAGGGGGAUGGCCUAGUGAACCCACUCUUAAUGAAGCAUGCUCAGUAUGUCUAAACAUAGCAUGGGAUAACCCAAACAUGUCCUUCACGCUGCUGUGCCAUGGUCUGAUGCUUCAGUGGAUCCAGUGUAAAUAAGGAAAUGUAAUUGAAAGAGAAUGGGGAAACCUUACUGAUAAUCAAACAGCUCGAUAAUUUGUACGCUCCCUCGGUCUGUCUUCAAUCACACUCCACCAUUAAAGCCCCUGUAGAAAUGAGGGGUUUUGAUUUCUUAGCGGUAGACUUGUAGUCGGGCGAGGCCAUUGUGUGUGUAUUUGUUCUAUUCUCCACUCAUACGUUUGUGCUGAGAGUGUAUUGUGCUGCUCUCCAGCCACCACAUCAGCCAGGGUCACACAGAAUAAAGUGUGAUGAAUUGAUUCCCAAAGUACCUGCUUGCCUUUGUGUGUGUUUCUUACUCCUGGAUCAUUAAUCAGUUGGUUUGACUGCUCCGGCAAGGACGUGGCAACAAGGACGAUCUGUGUCGGCUUUUUGAAACUAUUCUGGCUUUUUAAAUAUCUGUUAACGAUUCUCCUUACAAUCGUUGUGUUUCCCAUGUGAUCGUAUGAAACCUGUAGUGAGGUCUGGCGUAAAACUAACUAGAAUAAAACUAUGGCGGACUUAGCUGAAACAAAUUCUACACAUAAGCACAAUGCCCCCCCCCCCCCCUUCUGUGUCUGCUGCGGGCUGUAGGUCCAUAUCUCAGCACUGCUGUGCGCUUCCUCUCAUCUGUUCUGGCCUGUAAUGUCUCCGUUGGGUGAAGGAGGAGUGAAUCCCAUUUGAGGGAAUGAGUCAGAGAGAGAUAGAUGACUGGUCUCAUAAGACGAGAGGGUGGAGAGGAAGUUUGGCUUUUUUGAUGAUGAAGGACUAGAUUAGUGCAAUCAUGCCAUGGAGCGCCCAUCCAAACAGAAUGAAUUCAUGGAUGGAAUAUUUUGGUAUGACCUUAGAGCUGCCUGCUCUGAGCAAUGGAUGGCACAUGUUGUCCUUCCUUUGGGACAAAUGUUUCAUGAACUUUUUAGCUCAUAUCAUUUCUAUACCUGUAUCCUCCAUCCUCACAACUACUGCCAGCACUCAGCCUGGCAUACAAUCAUACAAUGUUGCCAAACAACAAAUAAAUGUGUUUCAUUUUGUAUUUUAUCUAUUAUUAAUAAAAAAGAGACUCUCUUGUUUAUGUGGUCUUGGUCCUAGAAAAAUACACAGAUAUAGAGUUGAAAAGUCGACGGCUCUGUGCUUCAUGUUUACAAUGACAACGCAAACAUGCUGGUAUAAUGUUGACCACAUUGACCAUCUUAGCCUCAAAUCAUUAUCAAUUUUGA